AUGAACAAAAAAGGGAUUAUUCUCUUUGCUACUUAUCUAGGACUUUUCGCAAAUGCUGUAGUAUAUACAAUUAUCAUACCUUUCGGGAGCAAGAUGGUCUCUGCCUUUGGAAUGGCCAAUGACAGAGAUUCAACAGGCACUUGGGUUGGGAUCUUGACAUUUGUCUUAAUGUUUGGAAGAACAAUUGCUUCUCCUUUUUGAGGGAUAAUUUGCGACAAAUGGGGAAGAAAACCAGUUAUGAUAGUUGGAACUCUCUCAAAUGUCAUACUUUCUAUAGCAUUUGGAUUUUCAAGUAGCUUUAUAUGAGCAUUGCUGGUUAGAUUUUUUCUGGGAAUUAUGACUCCGUUGACUAUGGUUGUUAAAACCUUGCUUUCGGAGCUGUGUCCUGGAGAAUCAAAUGCAAUUGCUUGACAGAUUGUUAUGUGGCAAAUGGGAUUAAUUGGAGGCAAUAUAAUUGGAGGACUGUUGGAAGAUCCAAAAUCAUCAGGAUUAAUUAAAAGUGGAAUUUUCGCAGAUUAUCCUUUUCUAUUGCCAAACUUUUUUGCAGCUAUAAUGUCUGCUGUUGCAUUAGUGCUUCUUAUCCCUUUCUUAGAAGAAACUCUUCAGAAAAAUAAUGAUGAUGAAUUAUCUUUAAGUCAAGGCCGCUCAUACUGAAAAAUUGUGACAGAUCCAUUGGUCAAGAGACUAGUGUCCGUCUAUUUUAUUUUAUCAGGAAACUUGACAGCUUUUCAAGAACUUAUUUCUUUGUGAUGCUGAGCGAGCAUUUCUAAAGGUGGCUUUGAAAUGAAUCCAAGUGAAAUCGGUAUGAUCUUAGCCAUAAGUUCAGCCAUUUUAUUACUUUUCCAAAAAUGCAGUUAUAACUGGCUUGUUGAGCGCUCAGGACUUGUAUCGAUCUGUUCAUAUUCAUUACUUUUUUCAUCUCCAUUCUUGAUGAUUAUGCCUAUUGCAAGCGUUUUCAAUGAAUAUCUUUGAUUAAAGUGAAUUUCUCUUACGUGUGUAUGCAUGGCUUGAUACUUUAUUACUUUCAUAUCAAAUACUUCAAUUAUGACUAUAUCUAACAACUCUGUUAUAUCUAAAGAGAGAGGAAGGAUGAAUGGCAUUUUUAUGUCAAUGGGCUCACUUGCAAGAUCAGUUUCACCUUUGUUUUUUGGCUUUUUAUUUGCAAAAUCCAUUGAAAUUGAUUGGAUUUUCCCUUUCGACUAUGCUUUAUCAUUUUAUUUAAUGGCAAUUUUUUCAAGCAUUGGAUGAAUAAUUUGUAAACAGCUUCCGAAAACAUUGAAUUAUCCUCUUGAAACUGUUAACUCUGAUAAAGCAUAUACAGAAUUAGCAAGAUUAAAUGAAAAUUAA